GGCCUACCGGAUGUUGUAGCAGACGGCUAAAAACUCAAGAAACAGAUGACGGAAAAGAGCACACUGAAGACAUACUGACAUAAAUAGUAAUGGGAUAUGUUGGUGAACACAUUCCCUCUCCUGUUGUUUUAAUAAUUGAUAUAAACUCAGUAAAUCAUCAAAAAUGGCAUUUCUUGUGCUGCAAGCCUCUUCCGCAUGUCGCUUUUAUAGCAGAGCAGGCCCUUUCAUCACACAACAGAGUCAAAGAAAAAUCUUCUCUUUAAAGUUUCAAGGGCAAGUAAAAUCAGGCAAUAAUACUUCAUCAUUAUUCAGAUUAAAUCAGAGACUAAUCGAUCAUCACAAAAUAAGACCUAUGAAACCAAGAAUUAACAGGUAUUUUCCCAGAUCUUUUCUUGUACUGCUAACCACUGGUGGCAGUACCUUAUAUAUUACCCUGAAGUAUGCAUUCCCGUGGAAAUAUUUUAAUGCAGUGUGUGAGGAAAUGAAAAUGGUAAAUCAACCAUUUGAACAAAGCAGGAAACAACAGUUCAUACUGUGGACAUGGAUAUCUGGGCUGUACUCAAUCUUCAGAAUAGUCAUUCGUGCGUGCAGAUUAUUCAUCACAUUUACCCCUCUACUGCUUAUGUAUCCAUUCACAUUGAUCAGCAAGACACUUAGAAGUCUGUGGUGGCAAAUGUUGCUUAUAGCUGUUGAGUUUUCUGGACCAGCCUUUGUUAAACUUGGACAAUGGGCGAGUACACGAAGAGAUUUAUUCUCCAAAGAAUUCUGUGAUCGAUUUUCGAAACUUCAUCACCAUGCCAAAACACAUUCCUGGAAACACACUGCUAUUUCCCUGGAAAGAGCUUAUGGACCAAAUUGGAGAACUAUGAUACUCUUUGACAACAAGGCUCAACCAAUAGGAUCAGGUUGUGUGGCACAGGUAUACAAAGCCUAUGUACGAGGAGACACCCUGGGUGCACUUGACCUGGAGAAAAUACAAGAGGACAUUCGUGAACAGGAUGUGGCUGAUGACAUUCUGUCUGAACAAAGGACUUUUGCAGUUGGUGUUGAGAUUGAACGUUUGAAUCAAACUUUUAGGAAACAGUUAAAGAAGAAUGUAUCAGAUGAACGUCUAGAGUUGUACAUAGAGCCAGGAAUGAUGGCUGCUGACUUCAAUAAUGAGUGUCUACUUCCUGUUGCAAUAAAGGUGUUACACCCUGAUGUCCAUGCUGUAUAUUCGCGUGACCUGACACUGAUGAAGGUUAUGGCACGCUGCAUGGAGUUUGUGUUUCCUAGUCUGCGCUGGAUCAGCCUAACAGAGUGUGUUGCGGAGUUUGCACAGUCCAUGAAAAAACAGAUGAACAUGCACCAUGAGGCCCGCUGUCUGGACAGAUUCGCCCAGGACUUCCUCCAGCAGGAAAACAUCCGAGUUCCCUGCCCUCUCUGGCCCCUGGUCAGAAAGAACAUUUUGGUGGAAACAUUUGAGGAGGGUGAGCCGAUCUCGGACUUCCUCAGUGAGGAUGACACCCAGGUGGGAGGGCUGAGGAGGAGGCUGGCGCAGCUGGGAGUGGAUGCUCUUCUACAGAUGGUGUUUGUUAACAACUUUGUCCAUGGAGAUUUACACCCAGGCAAUAUACUGGUGCAGAAUGCAGGAGAUUUCAAACAGGAGGAGGACCAUCAGCUGGUGGUGGUGAAUGUGGGUGACACAGUCGUGACGGGAAUGGUGCAGACAGAGUGCCCGGUGAAGCUGGUGUUCCUUGACUGUGGCAUCACCGCCUCCCUCAGCAAAGAUGACAGACUCAAGUUCAGGGAGGUCUUCACGGCAGUGGUGAAAGGGGAGGGAGAGGUGGUUGCUGACUUGUUCCUCCACAAGACGGCCCAUGUAGAGUGCUCUGACCCCCAGGCCUUCAGACAGGACAUGGCGGCAGUGGUGAUGCAGGCUCGACAGGCCACUCUCAGCUUGGCCCAGAUACAUGUUGCGGAACUGUUGUCGGAAGUGUUCCGGGUUCUGAGGACACAUCGUGUGAAGCUGGAGAGCAACUUUGCCAAUGUGAUCCUUGCCAUAGCUGUGUUGGAGGGACUUGGGAGGUCACUUGAUCCACACUUGGACAUCCUGGAGAAGGCCAGACCUGUUCUGAUAAAUCAGUCGCUGUCUUGAAAUGUUAUACAAUGUCUUGAGAUGUUAUAAAAUGUCUUGAGAUGUUAUACACUGUCUUGAGAUGUUAUACACUGUCUUGAGAUGUUAUACACUGUCUUGAGAUGUUAUACACUGCUUUCAGUGUAAGAGGACUUGGUAUUUCAUCAAAAAUGUUUCUGUGUGCCCAACACUUGGAGUCUGCUUGUCCUCUUGGUGGCCUGCGUCACCGCAUGUCUUCCUUAUACAAGGGAACACACCAUAAAAUAAUUGAAAUUCUACUGAAAGAGUUUUAAUUAUUUUGGCAGGAUGGUAUAAUUAUUAUGAUUAUGUAUUGAGAUUGUUACAUUUGACAUUAUUUAGGAGUUUAUAGAAGUUUCUAAGUAUAUGAGGUUUGUUUUUAAGAGAUUAUUGUCUUGCAGUGUGUUGUGUAGAUAUUGAGAUCAUACACAGAGAGAGAGUGUGAGUUGUAGAACCUUGCAUGCUCAGUCUGGGGACAUAUUUAAUUAAGGAUCGACUGUGUAUUUUUUCGGUUUAUUGAGGUAUGAAACUGAUGUGCAAACUAUGAAUCCGCGCCCACAAAGACAGUAGCCAAUCAACAGAGAGUAGGAUCAAAACAAAGUUCAAAGGACCUGUCAAUCACGGCUGUUUCAGACGACAUGGUCAGUUACCGCCACAUUCGAACAUAAUUUCCCUGAGAACGGGAAGACACAGUUGGAAAUGUGCGGGUUAGAAAUGAAACCUGAAGACAUGAAAUUUGUGGAACCCAGGUGAGCGGGGAAAAACACGCCAGGGAGCCUGCAUGUUUGUUGUUUCAUUCCUUCUAGGCCUUCAGCCUCAGUGGGUAGUUUGGACAAUGCAUACACACUAAUUUUGCUAAAUGUCCUGUGUAUAAUGAUACACGUGAGCAGAAAGCAAUUUCCCUCGACUGUAAUAUGGGGAUCCCCCGACAUUCCGUUAAAAGUAGUCCUCGAUGGGAGUGGCUUAUUUUUUACAUUCAUUGGGAAAUGAAUGCAAUGACAUGUGACCAAUUCAGCUAAUCAGAAUGCAGGAAUUACAAUGAACACAAAGGAAAUCUAAUUAUUACAAUGAUGAAUGUGAAAGUGUCCUUUGGAUAACAAGUUCCGUAUGUUUUAUCAGUUUUUUAACAGGUUACACAACAUCUAAAUGAAGGAUGCAUGGGUUCUUGAGCCAAUCAGAUGUUAGCUUCUUAAACAGUGUGGCUUCAUUUCUUUUAUACCACCUUGAUUUGGUAACCUCACAGAACACAAAUAUUCUUUUGAUGGUACUCCUGUGUGGGUGUAGAUGCUAUGGCGCUCAGAAAGAACAGAGUGUAUAUUACAAAUAUAAACACUAUUAUGAUGUUGCCUUUAUUAUUUACAUUCAGAACUGGUCAUUUUCAGUUCAUUUACGAGAUAGAUAUUAUGGUCCUGUUCUGAGGAGCAAAACCUUCCAAAUGGCAUGCUUGUUUUCUUGGGGGAAUUAGUCAGUCACAGGAGACUAAUCACAUUUUUAUUAACAAGAACAAUUAACAAUUUACAAUAUCUUAGAAUAUAGCUGAGGGUGCCACAGAGAGUCGGUACAACCCUCUCGGCUGUGGGAGAGAGGUCUGCUUGGUUAGAGCGUCUAAACACCUUCUGCCUAACAUCGUUGUUGCUGCAUUAAGUGUUUAAGAGGUCAUCUUCUGCCUAAGCAUUUUCGGCUGACCUGUAUCUCUUUGGGACUCCUGUGUGUGAGUAGGGUACACGUAUCUAUUGUGCGUUUGGUAUUCACAUAAUUUCUGUUUUUGUAUUGAUAUGAUUUCUAUUUUCUUAUAUUGAUAUGAUUUCAUUUUUAUC